AUGGAUUUUAUAUAAAUAUUUACCCCGACGAAGCCGCUGCCGCGAUCGUGGGAUAAACUGGCGGCAGCUGCUCUCACUCCCCUCCUCUUGCCCGCCCCUUGAAGGCUUUGAUUUCUUGGGAGAGAGGAGAGAUCCAGCUCCCAGUUCGAGCUGCAGACUGACCCAAAAAGCAGUGCCAGGCUUUAACUUAGCCAUGGAUCUGAAGGACAGCACCAGUGAGGACAGCAUGGGCAGCCUGCAGCCCUCCAGCCUCCAGAUCUUUGCCAACACCACCACGCUCCACGGGCUCCGCCACGUCUUCGUCUACGGCCCGGUGACCGUCCGGCGCCUGCUCUGGACCUUGGCCUUUGUGGGCUCGCUGGGGCUGCUCCUGGUGGAGAGCUCGGACAGGGUGGCUUUCUACUUCUCCUACCAGCACGUGACCAAAGUGGACGAGGUGGUGGCCAACAGCCUGGUGUUCCCCGCCGUCACCAUCUGCAACCUCAACGAGUUCCGCUUCUCCCGCCUCACCACCAACGACCUGUACCACGCCGGGGAGCUGCUGGCCCUGCUCGACGUCAACCUGCAGAUCCCCAACCCCCACCUGGCCGACCCCGCCGUGCUGGCCAUCCUCCAGGAGAAGGCCAACUUCAAGCACUACAAGCCCAAGGUGUUCAGCAUGCAGGAGUUCCUGGCGCGGGUGGGCCACGACCUGAAGGAUAUGAUGCUGUACUGCAAGUUCAAAGGGCAGGAGUGCAACCACGAGGACUUCAAAACUGUGUUUACAAGAUAUGGGAAAUGCUACAUGUUCAACUCAGGAGAAGAAGGGCGGCCUCUCCUCACCACAGUGAAGGGGGGGACAGGCAAUGGGCUGGAGAUCAUGCUGGACAUCCAGCAGGAUGAAUAUUUACCCAUCUGGGGAGAAACAGAGGAGACGACGUUCGAGGCUGGAGUCAAAGUCCAGAUCCACAGCCAGUCCGAGCCACCCUUCGUCCAGGAGCUGGGCUUUGGGGUGGCCCCUGGAUUCCAGACCUUUGUGGCCACCCAGGAGCAAAGGCUGACGUACCUGCCUCCGCCGUGGGGUGAAUGUCGCUCGUCGGAAAUGGGCUUAGACUUCUUUCCCGUUUACAGCAUCACGGCCUGCAGGAUCGACUGCGAGACCCGCUACAUCGUGGAGAACUGCAACUGCAAAAUGGUCCACAUGCCAGGGGAUGCUCCCUUCUGUACCCCGGAGCAGUACAAGGAGUGCGCGGAGCCCGCGCUCGGUUUGCUUGCUGAGAAGGACAGCAACUACUGCAUCUGCAGGACACCCUGCAACCUGACCAGGUACAACAAAGAGCUCUCCAUGGUCAAGAUCCCCAGCAAGACCUCGGCCAAGUACCUGGAGAAGAAGUUCAAUAAGUCAGAAAAAUACAUCUCGUGA